CACGUAGGCAGUCACGUGCAGGAGUCAGCGCCUCUGUAGAUAGUGUAUAGAACUUAACUUGUAUCGUUUUAAUUGGUGAAAAAUGUGUUCAAAACACCGGAUGCACAUUUAAAAACAUUUUGCAUGUACCAUGAAAUCAAAAUAAAGAACUAUUUUAUAUCAAUUAUUGUUAAAAAACUGCAUCGAAUGUUUUGUAUACGUACAAAAAAUAUUGGCCGAUGUUUUGAUUCAUCUUACGGGACUUAUGCGAACUAAGAAGUACAGUUACCACUGAAUGACGUGUUGCGUGUAUUUCUUGAUUGUAAAUUGUAAAUAUAUUGUAACUAGGUUAAUUAGAUAAUAUAAUAAACGUGUAGCCAUGACAGACGAACUGAAGUUAGAUCAUCGUGCAAAAAAAAGGAUCAAAGAGGUUAAAAGAAAAGCUAGACCAGAGCUUGGAGAUAAAACCGCUUGGAUCCAACAUGGCUAUAGUAAAAAUUUUGAAUCAUUUUGGAACUUUACGGAUAAUGUAGAUCGUAUUGAAGAAUCCAAAGUGUCUACAGAAGAGUUUAUAGAGAAAUAUGAGAAACCUUACAAGCCUGUGAUAAUUCAAGGUGUUCAAAAUGGCUGGAAAGCCCAGUACAAGUGGACUAUAGAGAGGUUAGUCAAAAAAUACAGAAAUCAAAAAUUUAAAUGCGGAGAAGAUAAUGAAGGAUAUAGUGUAAAAAUGAAGAUGAAGUACUAUGUACGUUAUAUGCUUAAUAAUGAUGAUGAUUCGCCUUUGUACAUCUUUGAUAGUUCCUUUGGUGAACAUCCUAGACGUAAAAAAUUAUUAGAAGAUUAUGUUAUUCCAAAAUAUUUCCGUGAUGACCUUUUUCAAUAUGCCGGCGAGCACAGGAGACCACCAUAUCGCUGGUUCGUUAUGGGACCUGCAAGAUCUGGUACUGGGAUUCAUAUAGACCCCUUAGGGACCAGUGCCUGGAAUGCACUGAUUUCUGGACACAAAAGAUGGUGCCUCUUUCCUACACACACCCCCAGAGAGCUUCUUAAAGUAUCAGCAGCAGAAGGCGGUAAACAAAGAGAUGAAGCUAUUACUUGGUUUUCUAUCAUUUAUCCUCGUACAAAGUUACCCACGUGGCCACAAGAUUGUUUACCAAUAGAGAUUUUACAAAAUCCGGGUGAAACUGUCUUUGUUCCUGGUGGCUGGUGGCAUGUUGUAUUAAAUCUGGAUGAAACUAUAGCAGUAACUCAAAACUUCUGCUCCCGUACAAAUUUUCCAGUAGUGUGGCACAAAACUGUGCGAGGAAGACCAAAAUUAUCACGUAAAUGGUUAAAAGUACUCAGGGAUAAAGAACCAGAAUUGGCAUCGCUCGCCGAAACUAUAGAUGUAAAAGAAGAUACAGGUGUAGCUAGCGAUUCAUCGAGUGGUUCUUCGAGUAGUUCGUCAAGUAGUAGUAGUAGUAGUCAAUCAGAAGACAGUGCAGAUGAUAGUGGUCAAGAAUCAUUGACAACGCACAAGAAGAAGAAAAGAAGAAAAUUAAAUAACAGCCAACCCUGACAAUAUCAAGCAUUUGGGACCUACAGAGACCUCAGACUGUACAGUAUUAAUCAACAAUUAUUGUUUGUACUAAAAGUAAAUAUUAUAAUUAUUACCACCUUCAUGUUCAUAAUAAAAUAAAUGCUAGAUAAUA